GCGGCCUAUUUCUUCAUUCGCGUUCUCGCCGCCGCACCAGGACUAUUCCCUUCCGCCCCUUCUCUGUGUCGCACAGCUUGACUAGAAAGGCUGGUCCAGCGGUGGCGGAGGCUGGCGCUGUCCUGAGAGUGAGGGCUCGGUGUGGAAGAGAUGAAUCGGACAAAGGGUGAUGAGGAGGAGUAUUGGAACAGCUCCAAGUUCAAGGCUUUCACCUUUGAUGACGAAGAUGAUGAGCUCUCACAGUUAAAGGAGUCCAAGCGGGCAGUGAAUAGCCUUCGAGAUUUCGUGGAUGAUGAUGAUGAUGAUGACCUGGAGCGAGUCAGCUGGAGUGGGGAACCUGUGGGAAGUAUCUCAUGGUCCAUCAAAGAAACUGCUGGUAAUAGUGGGUCAACCCAUGAGGGGCGUGAGCAGCUAAAGAGCCGGAACAGCUUCUCCUCCUAUGCACAACUACCCAAACCUACUUCUACCUACUCCUUGAGCAGCUUUUUUAGAGGUAGAACUAGGCCUGGAAGUUUCCAGUCCCUUUCUGAUGCUCUCUCAGACACACCUGCCAAAACUUAUGCUCCAGAGCUGGGAAGACCCAAGGGGGAGUAUAGGGAUUAUAGCAAUGACUGGAGCCCCAGUGAUACAGUGCGACGCCUCCGGAAGGGCAAGGUCUGCUCAUUAGAAAGAUUCCGCUCCUUACAGGACAAGCUUCAACUCCUAGAAGAGGCAGUAAGCAUGCAUGAUGGAAACGUCAUUACUGCAGUUCUGAUUUUCCUGAAGAGGACACUGUGCAAAGAGAUCCUCUUCCGAGAGCUGGAGGUGCGACAGGUUGCCCUGAGACAUCUUAUUCACUUCCUUAAGGAAAUAGGGGAUCAAAAGCUGCUUUUAGACCUCUUCAGGUUCCUAGAUAGAACAGAAGAGCUUGCGCUAUCCCAUUAUCGAGAGCAUUUGAACAUUCAGGACCCAGAGAAACGAAAGGAAUUCCUUAAGACCUGCAUUGGUUUACCAUUUUCAGCGGAAGAUUCUGCACACAUACAAGACCAUUACAUGCUCCUGGAACGUCAGAUCAUUAUUGAGGCAAAUGAUCGACAUCUAGAAUUAGCAGGACAGACUGAGAUCUUCCGAAAGCACCCACGCAAAGCUUCAAUCCUCAACAUGCCACUGGUGACGACGCUUUUCUACUCCUGCUUCUAUCACUACACGGAGGCCGAGGGAACAUUCAGCAGUCCCAUCAACCUGAAGAAGACAUUUAAGAUCCCAGACAAACAGUAUGUACUGACAGCCCUGGCUGCUCGUGCCAAGCUUCGAGCGUGGCAUGAUGUAGAUGCCCUCUUCACCACAAAGAACUGGCUGGGCUAUACCAAGAAGAGAGCACCCAUUGGCUUUCAUCGAGUUGUGGAAAUUUUGCACAAGAACAGUGCCCCUGUCCAGAUACUACAGGAAUAUGUCAAUCUGGUAGAAGAUGUGGACACAAAGUUGAACUUAGCCACUAAGUUCAAAUGCCAUGAUGUCGUCAUUGAUACCUGCCGGGACCUGAAGGAUCGUCAGCAGUUACUAGCAUACAGGAGUAAGGUAGAUAAAGGAUCGGCGGAGGAAGAGAAGAUUGAUGCUCUUCUCAGCAGUCCGCAAAUUCGAUGGAAGAAUUAAGUGGCAUUAACUACCCUGAAGCCUGCCUCAGUUUUUCUUUUCCUGCCUGUGAAAGUAGAGAGAGCACUUCUUUAGGAGAGCGUCAGCAUCACAUCGCUUGGGCUGAUUAUCAACAGGCAGUGCCUGUCUGCAUCUUUUGACAGAAGCCAGUACCUGGGCACAGAUAGCUUCAGACUGAUCUUUUGUCCAAGGGAUCUAAGGGCCAAGAUCUAAAGCUUUGACUCCUGAGAACAAUUCUUUCCACCUGGUGCUCAUGUGAAGGUGGGAGUAAUUUCUAGAUUGGGCCCAUACUGGUUAAGAUCUCUCUUGGUCUGAGAAAAGUCACUGCUCCAGAAAGGAACUCUCUUAGACUAUGGGGUACAGGUGUCUUAGGAUAGCCAGGCUAUUCCACUCAUCUAAUUAUGAUCCAGGACUUGGUGCUGGACUUUGGCAGUUCUGCUAUGAAUAAAGUCAGAACAGAAACAAAAUGGCCUCAGGAAGGGGUGCCAGUGUUGCCCAGGACCUCCUGGAGACACACUCACACCAGACUGCACAGAAUCCUCUACAUCAUGACAGACAUUGCCCAGAUUUUGUGUUUCUUCAGCCAGUAUUCCUCUGCUGCCCCAGUUUACUCUCUGUCCAAAAACUUAGGGUCCCUCUCUCACCUGCACACUGAGAUAACCCUAUUUGGGUGAGGAGACAUCUGCCUGAGCUUUUCCUCUACUUCUCCUAUCCCAGACCCAUAAUCUUAUAUGGACCUCAGAUGUAGCAAUGCUGGAGAGCUCUCCCUUCAUGUAAAAUCUCAUUAUUUCACCAGGAGCUUCCAGAAGUCUCACCUGGGCUAAACUCAGCAGCACUUCAGUUAGGAUGUUUAGAUGGUGGUUUUAUUUUCACACUUGUUUUCUGAGAGGAUAUUCUGUAAUGCUAUAUUCUUGCCGUAUACCAUUAUUUGGCUCUCUUCUUUGUGACUGAACUGGGUUUUCCUGACAUGCUUAGACUCCUAAUAAAGCUGUUUCUUCCUUGGUGC